CGGGAUGGAAGCAGUAGAAGGAGCUCCGGUAAUUUCUCUCCCCUCUAAAAUUUCCGUGCACGGAGGGAUCCUGGAAGUGGAAUGAGAUCUGUGACAUUCUCCAAGACCUCUCCCCUUUGCAUUGAGAUGGAGCCAGUUGCAGUGGAGCCAGCUCAGGGACCGGUGACCUUUGAGGAGGUGGCCGUGUAUUUCACCGAAGAGGAAUGGGCUCUGAUGAAGCCAGGCCAGAGGGCUCUGUACAGAGAGGUGAUGCUUGAGAUUCUUGGGAUGGUGACCACUCUGGCAGGUUAUGUGUGGGAGAGUGAGAAUGAGCAGGAACCGUCGGAAAUGGUAUUGGAAAGCACCAAGGAUCAGGGUGGUGGAGAGAACUUGGGAACUCAAGAUGGAGUAAAGAAGCAAGAGGAGAAGCAAACACAGACACAGGAGGAGAAAUGCAUGGCUGGUCCAUAUAGGGAUAUCCUAAUCCAACAUGCAGCUCACAAAGGAAAGAAAAGGAUAAAUUGUACCGAGUGUGGGAAAGCCUUUAGUUGCCAGUCAGCAUUUAAUCUACAUCAGAGAACUCACACGGGAGAGAAACCAUAUAAGUGUACCCAGUGUGGAAAGAGCUUCAAUCGGCAUGACAACCUUGCUUCACAUCAAAGAAUUCACACUGGAGAGAAACCAUAUACAUGCUCCGUCUGUGGGAAAAGAUUCAGCCACAGUGCAAGUCUUACUUCCCAUCAAAGAAUUCACACAGGGGAGAAACCAUAUAAAUGCUUAGAGUGUGGAAAGAGCUUUAGUCGGUGUGACUCCCUUACUUCUCAUCAAAGAAUUCAUGCAGAGGAGAAACCAUAUAAAUGCACAGUAUGUGGAAGGAGUUUCCGCCAGAGUGCAAGUCUUGCAUGUCAUCAAAGAAACCACACAGGCGAGAAGCCGUAUCAAUGCCCAGAAUGUGGAAAGAGCUUCAGCUGGGAUAAGUCCCUUAUUGCACAUCAAAGAAUUCACACAGGGGAGAAACCAUAUAAAUGCUUAGAGUGUGGAAAGAGCUUUAGGUGGAGUAGGCUCUUUACUGUGCACCAAAGAAUUCACAGUGGAGAGAAACUCUAUACAUGCUCAGCCUUCGAAGAAAAAUUCUGCCAGAGCACAAAUCUUACUUCCUAUCAAAGAAUCCACUCAUUGGAAAAGCUAUAUAAAUGUUCAAUGUGUGGAAAGAGAUUCAGUCAAAGCGAUGCCCUAACUUUGCAUCAAGGAAUACACGCAGGAGAGGAACUGUACAGUUGCUCAGACUGUGACAAGAGCUUGUCUCACAAAACGUACCUUGUUAACCAUCAAAUAAUUUAUACAGGGGAGGAAGAGUAUCAAUGUGAAAAGAGUUUCUGUGUGAGCUCAAAUCUUCCAUUCCAUCAAUCAGUUCACACGGGGAAAACUGUCUAAAUGUCUGGUGUGCGGAAAGAGCUUCAACCAGAGCGAUCAUCUUUAUAGACAUCAGAUUAUCCAUUCAAGAGAGGAGCAAUAGAUGUGCUCACGCUGGCUAGAAAUGUUUCCUUUUGCAGCUCAAUUCUGAAUACACCUCUAUAGAUAGCCAGUGGAGAGUCUUUAGAAAAUGUUUGAACUGUUGGGAAAGCUUUGCGGGAGAUUGCCCCUCUUUACUGGUGGAAGACUCCAGAGGGUGGGAGCCCAAUGAUACAAAUGUUUUAUGUAAGAGGAAGAUAAGAAGUUGUGUUACACUGAAUCCAACAUUGGCCCAUCUAGCUCAGUACUGUCGACACUGACUGGCAGUGGCUCUCCAGGGUUUGAGGCAGGAACUCUCUCCCAGCUCUACUUGGAGAUGCUGGGGAUUGAACCUGAGACCUUCUGCAUGGAAAGCAUGUGCGCUUCCUCUGAGCUAUGGCCCUGUGGAACUGCUGCCUUUUAGAGGUGUAGCUUGUCGCCCUUGCACAUCAAAUGAAGUCCGGAUACAGAUACAAGUACCAUCACAGCCUGAAUGUGAGGAGCAGGGACUUAUCUGUAGUGGUGCAACCACUUUAUCUGAUGACAUUUGUAGAGCCUUCAAGGGGCGAACAAAUAAACAUGUUUUUCCUUUAUUACCUUUUUUUAAGAAAAAUGUUCCUGAUCUCUGCUGUUUUUUAAAAUAGUUUUAAGUGCUAUUUUUAAUGUUUAGCAAUGCUUUUAACUUUCCCCCCUCAAUUUGGAUUAGUUUUAAUGAAUUUAAGAAUGUCAACAUUUUAAAUGCAUUAACUGGUUU